AUGCACCUCAAGCUGGGGCAAGUAUCAGCCAUUGCCAUUUCAUCACCAGACUUAGCCAAACAAGUCUUGAAGACUCAUGAGACUGCAGCUUUCUCACAAAGGCCUACUGUUCUUGCCGUUGAAGUUUUGUCCUAUAAUUUCUUAGGCAUCAUCACUAGCCCUUAUAAUGAGUAUUGGAGGCAGAUGAGGAAGAUUUGUGUUUUGGAGCUUCUAAGCGUGAAGCGUGUGCAGUCAUUUUUCAUCGAUAAGAGAAGAAGAGGCAUGGAACCUUGUUGA